ACAUAUGUACAUAUCUUUGUAAACGCAUGUAAAGGCGAAUCUCGUCGUUGAUUAUCCUGGAUUUCCACGACGCUCACUGGUGUCUCGGCAACCAUUAGCCCACGAAUAGCAAGGAAAAGGCACCAUGGACGAUCUUAUAAAGACUUUAAUUGCUGAGGUCAAGUCGCAGGGCGUCUUCGAUGAAUUCCGCUUUAACUGCUGCCUGGCAGACGUGGACACGAAGCCCGCGUACCAGAAUGUGCGCACUCGGGUGGAGACGGCGGUCAAUGAUUUUUUGGCUAAGCAGCACUGGACGCCCGAGACCAACAAGGUUCAGCUACGAGAGAGGCUGCGCAAGCACCUCCUUGACUCCGAUGUCCUGGACAAGGGUGUCGACCAAAUCGUGGAUCAGGUGGUCAAUCCCAAGGUGGCCACCAUCUUCGAGCCGAGAAUCGAAAGCAUCGUCUACAAGUACCUGGGCAUCACACCUCCGCCGCCACCGCCAGCGAGAUCCUCAAUGUUGUCCGCACCACCUUUGCCGCCAUUUGCUGGGCACAUGAACGGCAGCAGCAGCCUGCUCAAUGUGGAGACUCCCGCUGGCCUCCUGCCCACCGACUUAGAGCAGAUCAGUCCGGACUCAGACCGGGCCACAGUCAAGUCGGAGGUUAAGGAUGAGGAUUUGCCUCCCGGAGUAGAUGAAGAAGACUUAUCGAGGUCGUAUGAGCCUAUGAAUGAGUUGAAACCACUUGAUAGCAAGGAGUUGAACAACGGCUCCCUUAACAAUUCGGAUUCAAUCAACGGGGUCUCACAGGCGUCACAAUUGUCACAGGUAUCUAGCGACAGCCGCUUAACCAUCGCCUCGUCCACGGAAUCGGUGGCCGAUGCUCACCAGACCACGUCAACACUCAAAAGCGGGGAUCCAGCGAACAUUUCCGAAGAGGCUCAGAUGCCAAAGUUCAGUGAGAACUCCAGUGAUGCUUGUGUUAAAGCAGGGGAGAACGGUAGUCGCCAACUGCAUUUCGACAUAAAGCAAGAUGCUAUUACCUUUGAGGGUACAGAGCGAAAAAACUCUACGUCGAAGGACACUAACGGUGACCGCCAUGCUCUUUCCAUCGAAGAUGCCAUUAUGUCGGAGUUGAAGGCAAACAUAGACGAUGCCAAUAAUGUCGAACCAGAGGCUGUUCAACUGCCAGUGCCGCCAAAAGUUGAUCCUCCUCCUCCGCCACCCCUACCAAAAUCUGAGCCCCUACCCGCGCUUCAACCACCAGCACUGCAUGAAAUUCACCCACCUCCUCCCCCAGCGCAAAUUAUAGUUGCGCCACCUCCUCCUCCACCAACUAUAGAUCAGCCUCCUCCACCACCAGAACCAUCUAAAGUUGAGCUACCACCACCGCCAGCCCCACCAACAGUUAAUCCACCUCCAACGCCACAAGUGACAGAGAAAAAUGGAUCUAUUAAAGAGGACGCAUUGGAUUCGACAUCCAAAGAGACUGAUAACUUAGAAGAACUACCUAAUGCGUUAGAUGCUGGGGUCAAAAAGGAUGCACAGAUUCCAUCUAAAGCUGAGGCCAAUGAAGACCAACCGCCCCCACAAGAAGUGAAAACUCCUAAAGAGGAGGUUGCGAAAUCGUCUAUGUCCAUAGCGUCACCAAUAUCUGCGUCAAAGAGUCAUUCAAAGUCAAGGGAUAAAGAAAAGGACCGACGACAUCACAGCCACUCACAUGAUAAGCAGCGACGCAGGAGCAGAGAUAGAGAUCGGGAUCGAGAUCGUAGUCGCGACAAAUCUCACAGCAAACAUUCCUCGAGUUCUAGUUCCAAGCACUCCUCAUCGCACUCCUCAAGUUCGAAACAUAGGAGCAGUAGCUCCAAGAACGAUAAGAGUUCAAGCUCAUCUAGCCGAAGCAAUCGCGAGUCAUCCUCUUCUAAACGCUCGAGCACAACAUCUUCAUCUCGUCACGAAUCCUCCUCACACAAAAAACACAAAUCGAGUUCAUAUUCAUCCCGAUCGGAUCGAGAUAAAAACAAGGAAAAGGAAAAGGAGACUCAAAGUCGCAGCCACCAUAGCAGCAGCAAUUCAUCGUCAUCCUCAAAGCGGAGAGAUCACGAUAAGGGCCGCGAUCGUGAUCGUAACAAGUCAAACAACUCAGGCAAUUCGCAGACUAAAGCUAUCCAGGAUGAUCACAACGAGAACAAAGUCAAGUUAAAACAUCGCCGGAGCUCAGACUCUAACGACGAGGGCAAGCCGCCUAGUUCCGAUGGCAUAAGAAAGACUUCGCAACCAGAAAUUUCCCCAGCUCCAGAGAAAGCUGAUGCGCCUGCGGAGAACGGCAAUGGCACGAAUGGAAACUCUAACGGUAGCAGCAAUGGUGGAUGUGAUAGUGCAGUUAGUGUAGUUAUUGUUAGCGACAUCCUUCAGCAAUCCUCCACCAGUUUCAUUGAACUGACUGCUGGUUCCCAGUCACAUAAGGUAUUAGAGACUAAUAAACUAGAAGCCAUCGAUAUUGACGAAAAAAGAAACAAUAAUCAGCCGGAAACACGAGAAUCGGAGGCUAAAAAAAAUAAUUUUAAUUCAGAAGAUAAAGAAGAAGAACUUCAUAUUGCAGACAAAUCCGUACCUGAUUCUCCAGUCAAAGAAAGCAAAGUCGACGGCUUAGAAACUGAACCAGUGCCGACCAAUGAAACAAAAAAGAAGCUUGCUAAGGAAAGUGUACCAGAGAAUCUUCACAACGCUGUAGAGACUUCGGAUCCCAUUGAAGUCAGGCAACUGGAAGAACAACCGAAAAAAGCUGAUAAACCCGCCUCUCAAAUCCAAAACUCGAAUGACCAAGGUGACGAAUUAGUUGCCGACUUUGUUACCCACUUCGAAGAAAACUCAGACGAGUUUAAGCCGCGUCUGCAGCUGAUCAACCAACUGAUACAGGAUUACCAGAGUUUCGUGAACAGACUGAGCGCAGAUGGAUUACAAGACGAGCCAGUGGAUGUACGUGCAUUGCGAAGGAGCAUAUCCAAGCGAAGGCGGAGCAGUUUGCUGGAGCAGCAGCAAGUGGUGCGGGAAUCCACACCGGCGAGGCUUAGUAGUCCCAGCAGCAGCACCUCCGGUAGUCCGGCUAAGAGGUUACGACGGGAGGAACCGAAAUCAUCGCCAACGCCAUCUGAUGGCAGCAUAAACUCCAAGGAGAACGAGGCUUUGGAAAAACAGGAGCAUGACGCCCUGUCCGCCAGGCGACUUAGCAAGAAGCUCUGCCAGCAGCAGCGGUACACCAACGAUGAUCUCUACAAGCCCCGUCCAAUCCUUUCGCAGCGCUCUCGUCGUCGGGGCCUGGAUGCAAUCCUCUAGCUAACGAGUGAACUGUUAUCGGAAACAAUAAAAAGCAAUUGUUGUUAAUGCAUUUGACAUAAAAAAAUACAAAUAUCUUCUUUCAUCCGUUUAAUGGGCCUUUUUGUUUGCCAAUGAGUUUGCUUCCGCUUUGUUUUCGUUUGAAUUCUUUAACAAUAAAAUUUUAAUUUUAGAGCUACACCUUACAGUUUAAUAAUCGCUGGUGUAGCAUAUCCACAUAUAUAUAUAUAUAUAUAUAUAUAUAUUAUGCAUAUAUAUAAACAAAAAUAACAGUGAACGUAAUAAUAUGAUGUAGUAUUUUAUAAUUUUGGGGAACUCCGGUUGGUCUUGACCCUGGCACUAGACAGCGAUUGCUUCUCGAGGAUUGAAAACUACCAUAUAGCACUGAGACAAAAGAUAAUGUGUGAUGAUUAAUUAAAAAAGACUGCAGCGGAUGAACUAAAUCGUACAGCUAUCAGUAAUCGCAGUCAAGUGCCUGGCAAAAGGACAAAGGAAAGACAUAGCUAGGCUACUACUCCACUAUGCGGCUGGCUAAUUAGUAUUGGGUAAAUAGAUUGGGCAAUCUGAAGGGGAGACGUAGUUCUCUGAGAGCUGUAUCUGCGGUUCGUUAUUUUUUGUAACAUCUCAGUUUGAAGAUUUAAGGUGUAAUUUGAUUACAAAUUAUUGAAUUUUCUUCUCGCGCGGGUGUGCUUUACAUUUUUGCUCUUGAUUUCUUUACAACGAUCAACAUAAAUAUAUGCAUAUAUACUUUGAAACUUGUUUAAAAAAAAUAUAUAUAUAAAUGUAGUAAAUCAAAGGUUGUAAUACAUAGGUAAUAGUAUUUUACAAUAGGGUUUUCUCAUUUCGAAAUAACAUAGAUACAGUAUUAUCAUUAGCAUAUACUUUUUAACAAGAAUUUCGCACUUUGUCUAAAACUGUCUUUGAGUGUGUGUUUUUGUGUGUGUGUAUGUGGGGGGUGUUUAUAGUAUGUG